AUGAAUAGAUCCGGUGAACCGAGUAGAAAGGCUACACUUCGCCUAUCAUUGAGCCACGAUGACGACCAGCCAAAAUAUUCAGCAAAAGGAGGGAGAGGCAAAAACGAGCGAGGUGAUAACAAACGCGACAGGCAAAAAUCACCAUUGGAUGAUGAUGGUUCAUCGUUGUCGGGUGGAAGAGCCGUACAGAUCGAGCUACCCCCAGGCGAACAAGCGCAGGAAAGUGAAGAUGUGGCACCGGAAAAGAAGGCAACUUUAGGCAAAUGGGAUGCGAAAUGGCCCAGAAAAUCCUCCUCAUCAUCAUUGUCCAGCAGAUCAGAUUCAGCUGUUGGUUCAGCAUCAUCUAAAUCUACUAAUUCGGCAUCCUCAUCGAACACAGGUAAUGACAAUCCCGUUUUAAUGGCUCAAGACUCAUUGAUGAUGGUGAACGAUAAGAAGUUAUUACCACUUGAAAUUUCCGCUCAAGGUGAAUGA